GUCCAACCAGGAGUCUCAAUAAAGCUGUUGCUGCCGGCGUGCACGGGCAAGAUGGCUGCGCCCAGGGAAGAGGCGUGAAGCGUCUGCUCCCACGCUUGCAUUGACUUUGCACUGGGUCCGAUUGCUUAAUGCCUGUAAAUCACCUCUGUAAAAGGACUUCAGAAGCAUAGAAAGGUCUGAUUCAGAGCUUGCUGAGAAACUGUUGAAAGGCUUCCAGUAUGUUAGACUGCUCUUUGGGGGACAGAUCAAGAGGACUGCAGGAGAGAACUUGAAUAGGUGCAGCACAUCAUCAUUGGCUCGUGUUUUUGCUUUUCUGACGCCCACGAAAGAGGGGAACAAAACCAUGCCAGCGUCUUUGAGGAAACUUCAGCAAAUGGCUAUUUAUCUGGGAAUUGUAUCUGGUGGGGGAUGUUCUCUUAUGUAUUACUUCAUGCAAAAGAGCUUUGCCAGAACACAGUACUAUCAGCAGGCUCUCGAGCAGCUUCAGCAGGAUCCAGAAGCCCUGGAGGCACUUGGCGCUCCUCCUCUGAAAGUGCAUUACAUCAGGCUGACAGACAGGCACAAUCGCGUGGAUGAGGCGAGAGCCCAGAUAAAGAUACCAGUAUCUGGAACAAAGACAGCUGGAUACCUUUAUGUCAAUUCAAAAAAAGACUUCUCCCUCAACAGCUGGCAUCUGCAGGAAGCCACACUACAACUCCGAAAUGGUCACCAUCUAGCAGUGUACCAUUCGUCGAUGAAGACAGCUGACCAGGAGGACCUGGAACUGCUGCCUGCUCAAGUAUCAUCGUAGCCAACAAACAGAUGAACUGACACCACCAAUGGGAGCAAACCAUGUAUGUAUUUUUAAAAUACGGUGCUCAUUUCCCCUCCUUCCCUAGCCUCAAAGAAGAUGGAGGGCACUAAAGGCCAGCAGCUGCUCAAGGGAUAUUUUCACUAGUUUUGAGAGCUGGGCAAUCUUAGGAGGGGGCCAAGAUUAAAAAAUAAAUUUCUGACUAGAUCAUCUAAUUGAAGUGAGAUGAAACUUCUGCACCAAUUCCACCCUUCUAAUGAGCUUAAGAGCAGCUUAAAGGUUUGCAGACAGCAUUUUAUGGCUCAACAGUAGAACUUCGUCGAGUGGCUGAAUGUAUCUGGGCCUGACACCCCUCCAGAGUCUAUGGUAUGAUUUAAUGCUUGCAGCUUGCAGUUUUAGUACCUGAACUCUUGCAGCUCCUUAUGUCAAUAAAUCAAUUUCUUUCAA